AUGUUCUUCAAAAGAAGAACCUGGCUUUGGUUAUACAUCACAACAGGUAUCGUUCUAGGAAAUGAGCUGGAUAGCCCAGAGCAACAUGGAGAACAUAAUUGUUAUCAGCUUAACAGGUUUCAUUGCAGCUUUCAGGAAGCAGAAGAUUACUGUCGUGCUCAGAGAGGACACCCUGCUUGCACUUGGAACCAGGAGGUUCAAGACCUCCGGGACUUUCUGGAAGAAGGAAAGAAGUGGUACGUUGGGGAAAAUCUAACGCUGCUGGGAAAACAUCAAGAAAAAAACAACCCAGCAGAUGUCACAGCCCACUGGGCCCCCACGCCCACCUGCAUUUACCUGUUCCGAAACCCCAGUCGGAUCUCGUCAAAAGUGGACUUGUGCUCACUGGGGCAUGAGUUCAUUUAUGCCUUUUCAGACCAAGAUGCCAGUUAUGAAAGAAAUGGGAAUAAUUCUCAUUCACAUAGGAAACCCAAAAGGACAAAAAGAGAAGUCACAAUACCGAGAAACAAAAUGACCUCAGUACGCUGGCCUCUCACUUGUGGCCUCUCCCGUUGCGGAGCACAGACUCCGGACGCGCAGGCUCAGCGGCCAUGGCUCACUGGCCUAGCCGCUCCGCGGCAUGUGGGAGCAAGAUCUGUCAAAACGCAUUUGUCUAAGACUAAGAAAUUGUAUCACCCUGAACUCAGCAGCCUGUUGGCUUAUUUAGUGGUCAUAACCCCUUCUCAGAUCGACGUGGUCGCUCAUCUUUCAACCACAUGCCACCAACCUGCUCGUGCUACUCUGUCCAAGACCCCGCGCCAUUCCAUCAGCCCAUUUCCUUCAAUACCACCUGGAGUCACACAGCAGGGAGUAUCAGUCAUGCCUGUACCUACCAGCCAGCCUCUCCCUGUGCCACCAGAGCUCACCAGACCUGCAUCUGUAACACAUGCUGGAAAAGCUCCGGUAGAAAUAACUUCAAGCCCCAAAGAGGACUCACAUCAGAGUGUCUUCACCACUCAUCCACAAGCGUCAUUUCACAACACAUCUGAUCAGGCAGCUAAGUACCCUUGUUUGUUCUCAGAUGAGCAACAUACCCGGGUGCUGACUCCAGAGAGCCUGCAGUAUGGGGUUGGCACCUACUACAUAACAGCCCUGUUGAACAGAAGCAAGGAGGGUGCCCAGCAGACGCCCGCCCUGUUUCUGAUGGUCACUGCCGUCACCCAGUGUUAUUUCUGGGACAGCGGCAACACGUGGAUGAGCAGCGGAUGCCAGGUUGGGCCACAGAGCCCACUUUUGAGGACACAGUGUCUGUGUAACCACCUAACCUACUUGGGCGGCGAUUUCUUCAUUGUGCCUCGGGCAGUGAAAGCGGAAGACACAGCUGAGCUGUUCCUUCGUGUGACCAGCAACACCAUCGGGGUGCCCCUGUUGGCCAGCCUUAUUGGAGUCUAUAUGCUCAUUUUUGUGGGGGCUUGGAGAAAGGACCAAGCAGAUAUGCAGAAGGUGAGGGUCACUGUCCUGGCUGAUAAUGACCCCAGCUCUCAGUUCCACUACCUUAUUGAGGUCUCCGUGGGCUGUCGAAGAAGGGCUGCUACAACAGCUAACGUGGUUAUCACCCUUUAUGGAUCAGAGGGGCAGAGCGAACCCCAUCAUCUUUGUGAUUCCCAGAAAGCAGUCUUUGAACGAGGGGGACUGGAUGUCUUCCUCCUGGGUACUCCGUCUUCUCUGCAGGAAUUACACAGCCUGCAGCUCUGGCAUGACUGCAGUUCUGGCGUCAGCCCUUCUUGGUAUAUAGGUAUGUAAAUUGUCACUGACAUGGCAGGUAAAAGGAAAUGGCAUUUCCUGUGCAAUUGUUGGCUGGCCAUGGACCUUGGAGAGUGUGAGCGUGACUGGAGCUUCAUACCGGUCUCAGAGAAGGAGCUCUUUUCCUUUAGACGCCUGUUCUCCUCCAUGAUUGUAGAAAAUCUCACCCAGGAUUGUCUGUGGCUCUCAGUCACAACUUGACAUCCCUGGACCCAGUUUAUAAGAGUCCAGCGGCUCACCUGCUGCAUGACCCUCCUUCUCUGCAACAUGGUCACCUAUGUCACGUUCUAGAAGAUGAACGGCACCACCACCAAGAGACAUGAGCACGCUUGCCCAUUUGCUGUGACCUGGUCUGAACUGCUCGUCAGCAUCCAAACUGCUAUCAUCCUUUUCCCCGUCAGUCUUGGGAUUGGGCGGCUUUUCCUGUUGAUUCAACCACAGGAACCUCUACCUCUCUUUCCUCCCAUCCAGGCCUCCUGCCUCUCAGAUGCUUCUUUUGAGCCUCUGUCUCUCUCACAGAGAUAGAUGAGGUAAGCUUGGUAUCAAAUUUUACAGGAAUUAAAGGAAACUGUGGGAUUCCUGCUCAGAAGAAAUACGUACCUCUCUGAGUGUGAACAGUCUUCAUGGAGUCUUUCUUACAACAUUAACCAGCUGGUGAAGCUCUUAUCCAGCCUCGUCUGUUGUUACUUAGAGGGUCAGGGCCGUCACCAGCGGGCAGAACCCUACUGGGCAAAUGUGGUUCCUGAAAACCACCAUCAUUUCCACAGCUACCUGCUCAGAGUUCUGCGGAGGCUUCAAUCUCACUUAGGCACACUGGGUCCCGCCCAGGCCCAUCAGCCUUGUGACUUCCUAGAUGCAGUCAGCCAACUGCAAGAACUCCAGGAACUGCUGGAAAUGCAUAUUCUUCCCACAGAGCAAGGGCCAUCCAGCUAAUCCAGAGCCUUCCCCAUCCUGAGCCCAGACGGGAAGCAGCCCAUCUCUAAUGGCCAUAAUUCACUACAUAAAUUAACAGGUGCACAUCAUGAUCAGAUGCUGUGCUUCACAAAGAGAAGGAACAUCAACAGGAUCUUGGCAGUCUUGGCAAGAUGUCCUUCAUCAUUACCCGGUUCAAGAGAUGAAAACAACCCCAUCUGCGUAGCCCCAGCUAUGAAUGGUCCAGUUAAGCGCCCAGAAAGAACCUUGAAAGAGAAGAAAUUCUUCAAGUUGACAGGAGAUAUUUUGGUACAAAUACUCUUCCUUAUCCUGUUGAUGACUGCAGUCUACUCAGCACACAACUCCAACAGAUUUUACCUCCGUCAAGCUAUCCACAAGAGCUUUCCUUACCGCUUCUCAGAGAUCAAACUUCUUAAGCAUUUCUACCCCUGGGCCAGUAGCACCGUCCUUCCUAACCUGUACAGGGAUUACAGAGUUGGAGCUCUGGUUGUACUAGAACCACAGAGUUUACAUGAGUUACCUGGACAUACUAAGGAAGAGCAGCAGCAAUCUGCAGAUGUAGAUAAUGAAACAGAAUUAGGUAGAUAUGGGUUCUCUCUUUUCCAGUUUAACCUGCUGUUUGGAUGGAGCAUCUCUGACUACCAAACUUGUCUCAGUUCAGCAGUGACUGUUGUUGGUCUCCUGAUGGGAAUCUCUCAUCACAAGGAGGUUAUUGCUUUAAACCCAGUCCUGGGCUCCUUUCUUAUUCUCCUAACCAGUGUCGUUUUGAUGGUAUUUGUGAUCAUUAACCUUUUUGUUUCUGCCAUUUUAAUGACCUUUGGUAAAGAAAGAAAGUCCUUUAAGAAAGAAGCUGCACUGAUGGAUAUGCUGCUACUGAAGCUCUCAAGUUUGUUAGGAAUACAGCAACACCAGAACACAUGAUGACUAUGGGAAACAUGAGUCAGAAGUAAGCUCACUGCAACUUUAAUUAAAGAUACAAGCAUGAGAUCUGGCUAAGGGGGAGCCCUGUACAGAGAAGUAACCAAGCCAACUCACAGGCACAGUGGAAAUGGAAGCAGCAGGAACAUACCGAACUUGAGGAUGACUGAAAACUGCAAGGUGAAAAAGAAUAAUGAUACCACUACCAGAAACAGAAACUUGGGAGAUUCUUUGGAGCCACGAAAGAUCUUUUCUUUUUGGAAGUGGGAAAUCCUGAGUUCUAUUUCCACCAUACUGCAUUUGGGGAGAGAACGUGGCAUGUAGGUAGAAUGCCACAAUCAUAAAAACAAUCUGAGGGAGGAACAGAGAUGAGAAAACAGCAAAGGGUUCAGUACUGAGAAACUCUCAAGAGGGUUUCUGACUCACCAAUGAUCUGUGCAGAAGAGACAUUCUUAUCAGCAUUAAUGUCAUCAACCUGAAACACAAAGAUCAUGACCAAAGGAGAAAGCAAUGGCAUCACUGGUGAAAGUAAUGGUAUAAGCCCAUGUGUGUUGCAAAAGCUAAGCUGCUCAGCAAAAGCAACAGAAACUGCUCCAAAGAAACUGCCCCUCCGCCCCCUAUACUCCUUUCCUGAUCUUCUUCCAACCAGACAGAUACCAUGUUGAACUCAUAACUGCCAAGCAGAGGAAAAGAAAAUUCUUACCACACCAUAACAUCUCUCUUUAAUCUAUUACCUUCACCUUCCAGGCAGAGAGAAAGCAUUCUAAACCACCGCAUUCAUCUCCAAGAACCAAGUCCUCAAAUACUAACAAAUAUCUUCUACCUCGUUCCUAGAAACAGCUGUGGGCAAUGCUUCAAGGCGUGCAAAACCAAAACAUAAAAAUUCAGGCCCAAUGUAAAAACCAAAGGAAAGAACACUAAGCAAGCUCAGGAACAGGGCGAUCUCCCUAGAUGAGCAAACAAGGCUGGCAGAAAAGUCAUCUAAUUCUCAACCAAAACCGUUACAACCACCUACAGUUCAAGGCAUCAUUACCAUAUUAGCAAUAACAGCAAGCUCUAACUAUAAGACUAAAAUAUAAAAUUAAUGCUAUAGGCUGAAAUUUACUAGACACUGAUCUGUUUAAGACAAAAAUCUGGUUCUUAUUCCUUUACACAGUGUUGAGAAUUUAUAAAACUGGUAUUUCAAUUAUUAUAUUCUAGUACCAAGACUGUACCAGCUCAAUAUGAUUCUCUGCCUAGUCUAAAAAAAAGUCUGAUCAAGUGCCCUACCCCAACUUUCCAGGAUCUGCAGCUCCUUCCUGAUUCCUGGCUUAACUGCAGACAAAGCAUUGCCACCAACGAUGCUGCCGCUGCUGCCACCACCACCACCACCACCACCACUCCCCAUUUCCAGGGUAAUAUUAAAGCAACACAAGAAUCCAAAGCAUAGAGCAAUGCCAGUACUAGUUGAUCAAAACUUUGCCUUCCCUGUGGCCAUUAUUUUGCUCUCUCUUCAUGGAUUCACUCUCCUGCUGCUUAUAAAAGAGGCUCAGGCACUUACAGAUUCAUAUGAUGGGGGAGUUGCUGGUAUCUGAGGUGGAUGAAUAUUGGGAAAGGUCUGAUAAGUUCCCAUUGGCAAUCCAUUGAAAUCCGACUGCAAGAGGAGAAAGGCAACAUCAGAGACAUUGCCCCGAUCUGCAAUUUCUGAAGUGUGUAAAUAGGAAAGGAGAAAUAAAUAUGUGUGUGUAUACAACUAUUUUCUCAAUGUGUACAUAUUCACAUUGAAUACAUAUAUAUAUAUUUAAGAUAUGUAUUUAAUACAUGUAUUCAAGAGCCCCAAAAGAAAAAGUGCCUAAAAGGACCACAUGUGAUUAGGAAGAAUCCAGAUUUUUAAAGAUCUGUACCCAAAGGCUAUUCUUCAAAUUACUAAAUUGCCUCAAUGUCUACAAGGGAAGCUUCUUACCAGACUUUCUUUUUUGGGGGAGAGGAGACGACCGCACUGCACAACACGUGGGAUCUUAGUCCCCUGACCAGGGAUCGAACUCACGCCCCAUGCAGUGGAAGCAUGGAGUCUUAACCACUGGACUGCCAGGGAAGUCCCCACUUUCUUACUACCAAUGACUUUCAUCUUCUUAUCUACAAAGGAGGUAGACCUGGUAAUAAGUAUUGGUUAUUCAUUUUUGGAAAAUGCUACUAGUAUACCUACAAGUCCCAAAGGUUCAAGAAACCUACAUGAAAAGGAGUUUUUCUAGUACCAUCUCUCUAGAUUUUCCCACUUCAUUACCUACAGAUGAACCAAAAGACUUUCUCCAAAUCCCAAUGCUAUUUUUUCCAUAGUAUGAGCAAUAAACUAAUACCAAAUAUUCUUACUGCUAAAUCCUCUUGAUAACCUACAAUUCCUGAGUGUAUUCACAGAGCCAACUUGUCAUCUUCUGUAACAUUUUCUAGAGUUUAUAUCCAUAUUUAUUUGUAUGUGUACUUACUGGUCCCUUUGGAAGAGGGUAUGAGAAAGGAGUGUUUGGAGAUGGCAUGGGCAUGGGCAUGGGCAUUGGCACUGUUCCAUCAAGUCCACCAGCUGGUGCUGUGAAUCCACCCCCACCUCCUCUUCCAGGGCCCCCUUUCUUUACAUCAUCUGUGAAUCCAACAUCAAUAAGAUCUGUAUCUACUCCAGGAGGAGCUUCUGCCUAAGAAAAAGAGAGAAACCCGUAUCAUUAGGCCUGUCACCAGCUAGGUUCCCCAGGAAGCUGACUCUGAGAUGGUGAUUAGCGUUGACAGUUGUUUACUAGAGAGGUCUCUUGGGACAGACACCUGUGGGGACAUGAAGGAAGCAGGGCUGGGCAAAGGAAGAAGGUGGGCUGCCAUGCAUUCACAACAAAGGGGUCAGCUAAUUCCCCCAGGGAGUUCUGGAGCUAGGCUGGGACUACAGCAGGUGCUCCCAACUGGGGACAAAGGGGCAGAGUCUUUAAUCCCCUGCAAUGACCAGUUACCAAAUACAGGCUGCCCCCAGGAAAGACCCUGGGUAAGGAAGCUGUCUUCUGAGGGCCAUUGCUGGAGGGACACUCAGCUGCGUGAGCCACCAGUCAUCAAUACUCUCAAGAGCUGGGAGAGGGGCUUCCCUGCUGGCGCAGCGGUUAAGAAUCUGCCUGCCAGCGCAGGGGACACAGGUUCAAGCCCUGGUCCAGGAAGAUCCCACAUGCCGCAGAGCAACUAAGCCCACGCGCCACAACUACUGAAGCCCGUGCACCUAGAGCCCAUGCUCUGCAACAAGAAAAGCCACUACAAUGAGAAGCCCACAUACCGCAACGAAGACCCAAUGC